AUGGCAGCAAAGCGUAUAUCAUUCUUCACCAGGUUAACAGCUGUCACUCGCCUGAGCAUACUCCCUCCCGUCUACCGAUUCGGGCCAUACCAUCAUGUUUCCAUCCGGCCAUUCUCAGCCCUCCCUUCACCCCUUCAUGAUCCCGACGUCACCCCACCUGUCCUCUCUCCUCUGCCACCCGAGGAGCCACGACCUCAAACAACAGUGCUGCGACCAUACCAACACACAGCGGUAGAAGCAUGUCUAUCAGCCCUUACCUCCGGUUUGACCCGUAUUGGCGUUUCCUCCCCCACAGGAAGCGGCAAGACCACCAUGUUCAUGAGUCUUAUCCCCAAGAUAUCUCCUCAAACUUCUGUAGGGGUCGAUGGAAGAGGAAGGACUAUGAUUAUUGUUGGAAGUGUUGAACUGGCUAAUCAAGCUGAAUCUGCUGCUAAGAGACUGUUGGGGGAAGAAUGGACAGUGGAAGUGGAACAGUCUAAACGGGUAGCUAGCGGUAUGGCAAAUGUGACAAUAGCGACUUAUCAGACUCUCAACAGUAUUGAGAGGUUGAAAAAGUUUGAUCCGAAAAAGUUCAAAUUGAUUAUCGUGGACGAAGCUCAUCAUGCCGCUGCUAUCUCGUAUCUACGCAUAUUGCAUUACUUCAACGAGGAUGUUCAAUUGCCAUCCACCAUAUCACCUAUCACAUCACAAUCACACGGCUCCAAAGUUCCAAUCAUCGGGUUUUCAGCUACUUUCUCUCGACAUGAUCAACUUGCCCUUCGUGCAGUAUUCGAAAAUAUCGUCUUUCAUACGGAAAUAUCUUCCAUGUUGCAAGACGGAUGGCUCUCCCCAGUAAAAUCCACCACGAUCCAAUGUGAUCUUCACCUGGAUACUGUCAAACUUACUUCUACAGGAGAUUAUCGUACCGAUUCCUUAGCACUUCAUAUCAACACUCCAGAGAUCAGUCGCUUAAUUGUUGGUACUUAUCUUCGUCGAGCAAAAGAAAGACGAAGUACUCUGAUAUUCUGUGUGGAUUUGAGUCAUGUGGAUAAUUUGACACAAGCUUUUAGAAACGCUGGGGUGGAUGCGAGGUCGGUUUCAAGUGCCACACAAGCUAGUAGAAGGAAAGAAACCGUUGCUGCCUUUGGGAGAGGAGAAUUUUCGGUGUUGGUCAAUUGCGAAGUUUUGACAGAAGGAGCUGAUAUACCUCAAAUCGAUUGUAUUAUCCUUGCAAGACCUACAAAAAGUAAAAACCUCCUGGCUCAAAUGGUCGGUCGAGGUUUACGUCUCUCUCCAGACACAGGGAAAGAAGAUUGUCAUAUCAUCGACAUAGUCGAUAGCAUGUCUCGGACCAAUGGUAUGAUCGUUAGUCCCACUCUGUGGGGUUUAUCACAUGAUGAUAUAACUCGCGACGAUUCACGCAGUCCUUCUCAGGAUGAACCCGACUUAAUUGCCCCAGGAGAUGAAGAAGAAGAACGAGCACAACUUCAACCACGAAAAAUCACUUUUAUAGAUAAUGAAGAUCCCUUCGGUUUAACAUCACGAUCAUAUAUUCCAGUCAAACGGAUGUCAACAAACGCUUGGGUAUAUUGUGGGAAAGACAAAUACGCUCUGGAACUCAUGGGAAAUCACGGUUGGAUCUCUAUCGAACGGCAAGAGGAUGAAGACACCUGGUGUAUCACCUAUCGAAGGAAAUUAUCUAGAUACUCAAAAUCGAGAAUCCCAUUCGCCAGACCGAUAAUCGUAGCAUAUGCGGAUGAUCUGGAGAGAGCGAUGAAAUCUGCCGAUGCGUUCGCAGAGAAAAAGUUAGGUAGAGAAUUAUCAUCACAUCUAUCGCGAUAUGCUCCAUGGCGGCAAAGACCAGCGACGGAGAAACAGAUGAAGAUGUUGCUUUCAAUGGCUAGGGCCUCUAGCUCCAGCUCUGAAACAGAAAUCGAGGAGCAGUCCGGAGACGAUCGGAAGGCGAGAAUUGAUAGCUUGCCUGGGGAGGUAUGGUUAUGGAAUAGGAGGAUCUCAGUGGAUCGAUUGACAGCUGGGGAGAUUGCAGCAUACCUAUGCGCGGCACAACAUGGAGGUAUAGCCGGUAGGAAGAAAGCGGACAAAGAAGAGGCGGCUUUGGAGAAGAAGGCGAUGAAGAGGAGAGAGGCAGAAGCGAGGAAUCUGCCAUUGCCCGGAAAAGGGGUGUGA